GUUGGACGCGCAUGCGUAGAAUGGUCCCAUUUCGCGGGUGUAUUUCCGGCUUUCCGUUUUCAAUCGAAGCGAUGGCAGGAGUGAAAGUUUCUUUGUUUUAUGGAGUUUUUGCUGCCUUUUUGGGUUCGGAGGUGCUUGCCUUUGUGGAGGAUCUCGACGACACGUUUAAAGAGACCAGAGUGAAUGACAUCUGGCUGGUUGAUUUCUACGCGCCUUGGUGCGGCUAUUGUAAAAAACUGGAGCCAGUGUGGCACGACGUGGGUGCCGAGCUGAAGCUCUCCGGGUCGCCGGUCCGUGUCGGCAAGAUGGACGCCACCGCUUACUCGGGUAUGGCGUCAGAGUUUGGCGUGCGAGGUUACCCCACGAUAAAACUAUUGAAGGCUGACCUGGCCUACAAUUACAAAGGUCCAAGGACAAAAGACGACAUUGUGGAAUUUGCCAAUCGGGUGGCGGGGCCGGCCGUUCGAGGCCUUCCCAGCAAGCAGAUGUUCGAGCAUAUAAUGAAGCGGCACGACGUCCUGUUCGUGUACGUUGGCGGCGAGUCUCCCCUCAAGGAGAAAUAUAACGACGUUGCCACGGAGCUCAUCGUCUAUACCUACUUCUUCUCGGGCUCAGAAGACGUCCUGCCAGAGUCUGUCACCUUGCCGGAGCUGCCUGCGGUUAUCGUGUUCAAAGAUGGCGCCUACUUCACUUACGACGAGUACGCCGAUGGCAGCCUGACCAGUUGGGUCAACAGGGAGCGCUUCCAAGGGUACCUGCAGAUUGAUGGCUUCACGCUGUACGAGCUCGGAGAAACAGGCAAACUGGUGGCGAUCGCAAUCAUCGACGAGAAGGACCCCACAGAGGAGAGUGGCAGAUUGAAAAUGUUGAUUCAGACGGUUGCCAGGGAAUACAGAGAGCACUUUAGCAGAGACUUCCAGUUUGGCCACAUGGACGGCAACGAUUACAUCAACAGCCUCAUCAUGGGCGAGGUGACGGUGCCCUCCAUUAUCGUCCUCAACACAGCCAACGAGCAGUACUUCCUGCCCGGCCAGCCGACCGAGACGGUGGAGCAGCUGGUCCAGUUCAUCAGCGGCGUUCUGAACGGUUCCGUGCCGGCUCAAGGAGGCGACGGCUUCAUCCAGAGGUUCAAGCGCGUGGUGUUUGACGCCAGAUCCACCGUGAUGUCAGUGUUCCGCAGCUCACCACUAUUGGGCUGCUUCCUGUUUGGCCUGCCGCUGGGCGUGAUCAGCCUCAUGUGCUACGGCAUCUGCACGGCCGAGACGGACGACGGCUCGGACGACAUCGACGCAAUCAAGCGGGAGGGUCUGACUGACGAGGAGGAUGAGGAGGAGGGGGAGGAAGAAGGAGAAGAGGAGGCAGAGGAGGAAGAGGAAGUGGGGGGAGAGGAGAAGCAUCGAUGCUCGGAGGGCCCCAAGGGUGAGGUAGCGUUAGAGAAGGAUCCGGAAGAGAAGAAAAUGGAUUAACGCUGGGCUGUCUGAUGGAUGGAUGGAUGAGUGAAUGGAUGUGACGUGGAACUCAAAGACACCUUGACAACGCAGCUCGUGUCACUGAUGUUUGCUUUUCCAUCUCACUCGCCCGCUUCAAACAAUACCAUAGACUCUCCUACCGUAAUUCUCGCUCUUUUUUUAAUGGCCUUUUUGUUUUCUGCCGGAGUGUGAAAACGGGACCCUAAACCCACCGCGUCUUGUGCGACCUCGAUACCCCGUUGUUGACCGCGCAAAGCAUUUCCUCCUCGUUACAUCACCUUUUCCCCUCCCCGCUUCGCCUCUAGCAGAACACCAAACAGGGUGAAUGCUGCCUUCAAACAAAAAUGACCAUCAAAAACCCAAGCGCUGACCAAUUCGUCACCCCGGGAAAUGCUGCCGUAAAUGGCAACAUUUUGGUCGUUGCAAAAAAAUGUGAAUUGAGGGGCACUAUGUGACGCUUGCACAGCCCGAUACCUUAGGACCAGUUCCCGAACGUCCAUGUCAUAUUCCGCUUUGGGUUUCAAUUGCCAACUCCGUUAUUGGUUGAUGGAGCUUCUUUUUGCCCACAAUCUCAAAAUUCGUCAGGCUGUAGUUAGGAGACCUCUGCGCCAAUUGACCGAAAAUUUGAGGUCUAGCGUUGUGCCAUCAUUAUCAACAAGUACAGCAAGUUUCAUGAAAAUCCAAAUCUGCAUGGAAUGACCCAAAAUUAUUGGGACAGCCCCAAGUUGAUUGUUACAGCAUCGUCCCAAAGACUUUUGUCCAUUUAGUGUAAAGCGUGAAUCUCCCCAAUGUGUUUUUUUUUCUUUUUAUGUGAAACAUAAGUAUCUUGUUUGUGUUCUACUUUUCCACAUAUA